AUGGCCGGCGAUCCCUCCCCCGACGGUCCUAACGGCCGCCGUAAGCGCAAGGCGGGGCGCCCGGCUGCCGUGGAUUCCCCCGGCGGCGGAGCCGUAGCAUCCAGUUCCCAGCGCCGGGCGGCCGUCGACGACGCCGUGGUGCUCCUCCGGGGAGCUCUCGAGUUUCGGCGACGGACGGGCCUGCUGCCGAGGCCGUCGAAUAUGCCCGCAUUGUACGAAUCCGUGAGAGGCUCGCUUCGCUCUCCCGUCUCCCAGGACCAGGCCUACAACAAGCUCCGCCACCUCCGUCACAGGCUCAGCCAUCCCGUCGCCGGCGGUCACGGUUCCCACGAUGACCUCCUCUAUGAGCUCGCCGCGGAGCUCUGGUCCGCGGGCGUGGAAGAGAAGUACGAGAAAGAAGAUGAUAAGAAGCAGAAGGACAAUGAGGUGGAGGAGGAGAGUAAGGAUGCGGAGACGGAAGGAGAUGAUGACCUCGACAAGAAGCAAGGCCGCAAUGGGGACGAACAGCGAGGUGGACCUGAAUCCUACCCAUAUCUGGUCCACGCCGCAGCCGAGCACUGGAAAGCUCACAGCUUAUCGAAUUCAUCACUGGAGGCGGGUCUCAAGCUGCUGAAUCCAUCAAAGGCGAAAGCUUUAGAGGAUAGGUGGAAGAAGCUGGUGGAAGAUGAGAUGAAGUUACAGGCGGAUUGGUUCAUGGCGUGCAGGGACAUCUUCGCAUUGCUGAAUCAGUCGCAUCAGGGUAUGAACUCGUAG